GUAUUACAAAGUACACGCUGGGUAAGGUCAUUGCCAUUUAGAAGGUGAGGAAGUGCCAUCCUACACUGAUUACAUUGAUUCUCCAUUGGAAAUGUUACUUUCUGUACUGUGUUUCUUUUUUUUUUAUUUACCACCAACUGGAAAGCUCUUAUCUGUAUUGAAAUGAAUAGACUAUGAGAAUGUGAGCCGAAAGGAAGGAGCCUUUAGAAUGUGCUUAUGAAUAAACUUCCGUUAGGCAAAACCUGUUGAGGGGAGGUCCAUCGUUACAGGAAAUUUCACUUUACGUACCACAAGAUAUCAGCAUUCUGAGCUACAGGGGAUAAGAGAGAGAAAGCAACUGACUUGCAUCAUCGAGGUCUUCAACAUUACAGCUCAGCUUAUUCUCUGCAUCAAACCUCACCAUGGGAAUCUAUUGGGUCCUUCUGGCAUUGUUCCAUGUGGCGGUCUUCGUUUAUACAGGGAACUCCUGUACAGUGCAUAUCGAAAAGGAGAACGAUUUCGUAUUAUUUGGACAAACAGCCGUCCUGAAUUGCACCAGCGACUGUACAAACCUGUCUUGGGAAACCAGACUGACUAAAGUACGAGUAUCUACCGACAGGACAAGCAACUUCUCAUGGGUUGAAGUCCACGUUAGUGAGUGGGAAGACUCACCUAUACAAUGUCUGGCAACCGAUGAUGACAUAGCUGUGGCCAGUGUGAUACCUUAUGUUCUACCAUCUGGAUUGGACAUAGACCUGAAGAGGGAACUGGAGGAGGACGAAGAACAUGAAGUCACGUGCUCAGUGUAUGGUGUGGCUCCUGUCCAAUAUGUCAUUUUAUCAGUGACCAGAGGAGGAGAAACAUUUUUCAGGAGAAUAUAUGAAGAGGACCCCAGAAAAGGCCCACAGAACCUGACGGAAACAUUUAAGUUUAACGCAACUCGUAGGGACAACCUGCAGGACUUUGCCUGCCAGGUCACAUUAAAUCUUACAAACGUCCCCAAUACCACCGUGCAGUCAUCUCCUGUCACUGUCAGGACAUAUGCUCUGCCGGAGGAUCCCCGCAUUACAGCCGAGAUGUGGCUGGAAAAAGGGACAGUGACUACAAUCAGCUGUGAGGUCCCCCGUGCAUUCCCUCCAGAUAAUAUCAUUACAGUGUUGUCUGUUGAUGGUUUUCCUAAUACCAGUGUCACUGGGAACGUGUCCGUUUCAUUCAACCUGGAUACCAAUGAACUACCGGCGGGUCUGCAUGAUUUGGUUUGUGUAUCGCAAGUGUUCCGGGCCUCCAAGCAGAGCAAUAUGAGCAUACAUAUUUAUGAACCUCCUAUGGUGAACCUCACAGUGUCCAGUAAGGUUGCAAACCUGGGUGACACGGUGACCGCUGACUGUAAUUUAAUUCGGGGUAAUGCAGACAACUUUGGUCUUUCCAUAAGUGUGGAUGGAGAAGAAGUGAAGAGGGGGGAAUCCCCGGACCUGACUGAAAAUAUCAUCAUAACAAGAAGAAAAGCAAAUCUCACUGUUGCCUGUAAAAUAUUAAUUCGGGACAAUAAGAAAGAGCUACUUACAAAAGAAGAGACCCUCACUGUGCAAUAUCCACCAGAGUUCAGUGACGGUUCCUGUCCGGACUCUAUCGCUUGGGUAGAGGGAAAGGAAAGGAUGUUUGGCUGUAGGUCUGAAGGGAACCCAACUCCUGAAGAAGAGUGCACCUUGUAUCCUGCAAACUGGUCUCUGCAAACCACAACAUCCUUCUCUGCAGAAAGAAAUAUGUCAGGAACCUAUACAUGCCAAGCAUCAAAUCUUAUAGGAACCGUGAAUAAAUCUGUGAAAGUUACAGUGCAAUACCCACCAGGAAUACCAACAGUGGACAUUUGGACAACAUCUGCGAUUAGUGUAGGAGGGUUUGUCAAUUUAACUUGUCAUUCAGAUGCUCUGCCUCCUCCUACAUACAGCUGGGAAAUCCCACCUCAGGCUCAGGUGGACUUCUUCCGAGACAAUAGAUCCAUCACCAUUAGAGAAGCAUCAUUGUACCACAACGGAACGUACACCUGUCACGCCAAGAACAAACAUGGACGUUCAUCCACACCACAGGAUUUAGAAGUUAAAAGUGGUGUCAAGGAUUGCACUACACUUUCGAUCGUUCUUGGUUGUGUUGGAGGAGCAAUUUUGGUGGCUAUCAUAAUAGGAGCCAUCUGUUACGUUUAUUGUCAAAGAGACAAAAAAGGGUUUUAUCCUGUGGGACGCAAUCGUUACAGCGGGGAAAUUCCUAUGCCAGAAAUAAAAAACGCAGCCUAGGC